AUGCUAGGCGGGAACAUCUGUUACCACUACAUCGUCGUGUUUUUUCUGUUGACUUCUCUGGUUUCCUUCGGGGAUGGCAGGCGGCCGCCGCGGAGCGUGGCUGGACGCGUCCCGGGCUUACCGUCCUAUGUCACCGUGGACGGCUUCAACAUGGCACGGGACGGGCUGCGGCCCAUGCACCGUGCACCAGACGACAACUCACGGAUACCUGGACGAUACAUCGUCGUCAUGAAGGAUACAUCAGGCAGUGACGCGGUCCAAGACGUCAUGGGGAAGUACAGAUACACGGUCCUGUCGGCACAGAGCGAGGGGCGCAGGCGCGGCCACCCUGACGUCAUCGACAUGUUUCACAUGGAACCUGUGGACAUGAACAUGAACAUCCUCAAGGGAUUCAUCGCAGAAAUGACGCCUAGCGAUGUCUCGAUUAUGAGAACCAUGCCGGACGUGGAGUACAUAGAAGAAGACCAGGUGUUUGAGAAGCAGUCAGCGGUCCCCUGGCAUCUAGACAGGAUUGAUCAGCAGGACCUGCCACUGGACGGACUGUUCAACCGCCAGCCCAAGUUUGUUUCUGAAGCCAUGGUGUGCCCUGCCGGUUACCAUCCAUCCGGUGACGCCUGCUUCAAGGCCUUCGACAAGGCUAAGAAGUACGGCACUGCGGAGGCAGUCUGCGAAGGAGAGGGUGGGAUCUUGGCUGAACCCCGGAACCGCGCCGUCAAUGAAUUUCUCUUCAAGUUACUGACGUCCUUGAACCCGGGUGAAAAGUUAUGGAUCGGACUUACGGAUAGAGAGAAGGAAGGAACGUGGAGAUGGAACAAUGGAGAAGAACUGGACCGGAACUCCUUCACAGCCUGGGCCGAAGGGAAGCCUAACCAGGCCGGCGACUGUGCAGUUGUUAAAGCUGAUUCCAAGUGGAACGACGUUCCCUGUCGGUGGAGACACAGAUUCAUCUGUCAGCGGCCAGCCUUUGGUAAGGACAGUGUGGACGUGUACAUCGUUGACUCUGGAAUACGUUACACCCAUGAAGAAUUUGAGGGUCGCGCUGUCUGGUCUGGCUUCGACGCUCAUGACGCCGACGGCUCGAACAAGGGCAACGACUUGGAAGGCCACGGAACGCACGUUGCCGCUCUCGUGGGCGGCAGGACAUUCGGCGUGAACCCGCGAGUUCUGCUGAGAAGCGUGCGGGUUCUCGACAGCACGGGCGGAGGCACGUCCAGUGUGCUGCGCGGACUCAACCACAUCGGCAGGGUAUCAUCGAACAGUGGAGCCCGUGGGGUCGUCGUUAUGUCCCUGACAUCCAGAGGAGGAUCCCCGUCAGUUGACAAGGCGUCCCGAAGGUUGGUACUGCUGGGUCUUCCCGUGGUGGUGGCCGCGGGGAAUUAUGGGGACGACGCGUGUAACCACUCUCCUGCCAGGGAGGCAGAGGUGAUCACUGUUGGCGGCACAAGGAUAACUGACGGACUGUACGAUCGGACUGAAGAAGGAGGUGGUGCUACUUCAUACGGAAGCUGCGUUGACAUCUUCGCGCCUGCGCAGGAGGUGUGGAGUGCAGACGUGAAAAGUCAAAGUUGUAACAACUGCAGCGAUGUCCGUAGUGGGACAUCACAGGCAGCGCCCAUAACAGCAGGUGUGGUGACGAAACUGCUGUCACGUGAUCCAAGCUUGACGCCUGCGCAGAUCCGCCUGGCGCUCCUGUCCACAGCCGCGAAGAACAAGCUCGACUUUUCCACACUUCCCGAUGACGCAAGACUGAAGACACCCAACAAACUCCUGCAAGUUCCUACAGUACCACUGAAGGAAACAGCGGCUUGUAGAACGGUGUGGUCGCUACAAUCAGACCGAGAGGAAGGCUCUGUUGCCUCCGCGGCUUGUAACGUGAACGAGACCCUGCUGAGCUGCGCCUCUGUCACAGACGGCGUCCAUACCGGCGAGUUCACAGAGGUAACGUUAAGGCUUAUGAAAAAUAACGGCAAACCGAUUUGUGUCGCUGAGAACGCGAAGGCCGGAUCCAGUGUCUAUGCACUUGCGCGCUGCUGUGUGCUACCAGGCAGUCUCAAAUGCUACAUCAAGACACAGAAGCCAUCCAACAAAAAAGCCAUCAGUGCUCUCGCCAAGUGUGACCAAAACCCCAGAGAUGUCCUAACAGGCUGUAGUGUGUCUGGAGACGGCGGUGUGGUGCGGCACAUACGUGGUCAGGAGUGUCUUGCCCGAGGGAAGAGGCCCGAAGCACACGCCUUCUGUUGCCGAGGGAACCAUAUGGACUGCUGGAAAGUCCGCUCACAGUUUUCUCUGGACGAUGAGGUUGUUGCAAGAUGUCAUGUAGGUUCUGUGCUCACCGGAUGCAGUACCAGAGGUUCUGAGGGAGCCCCCAUACUCGGGACCCGAGCAGUGGACAUGACCUGCAUCGCUCAUAAACCCCCGGACUCCACGCGCGCCAUACAAGCUAUAGCUAUCUGCUGUUCAGUUAAGAAACGCUAG